CAGAGUGAGUGAGUGAGAGAGACAGAGACUGAGACAAAGUGCAAGCUAGGGCUGGCAAGAUGUCCGACAGCGCGGACCUGCAGUUUGUCAGCCCGUACGCCUUCGAGGCCAUGCAGAAGGUGGACGUGGCUCGGCUGGCUGCCCUCAGCGACCCGGAGCUGCGGCUGCUGCUGCCGUGCCUGGUGCGCAUGGCCCUGUGCGCUCCGGCCGACCAGAGCAAGACCUGGGCCCAGGACAAGAAGCUCAUCCUCAGGCUGCUGUCGGGCGUGGAGGCCGUCAACUCCAUCGUGGCCCUGCUCUCGGUGGACUUCCACGCCUUGGAGCAGGACGCCAGGAAGGAACAACAACUCAGGCACAAGGCUGGAGGCUCCAACGGGGAGAGCAUGCUAGUGUCCCAGCUCCAGAGAGGCCUGACGCUGGAGUUCGAGCACAGUGAUCCCUUACACAGACUACGACUCGCCCUCAGCGAGCUACUCGCCAUCAUGAACAAGGUGGCUGACUCCAGCGGGGAGUUCUUUCUGAAGUCGUCAGAGUUGUUUGAGAGUCCUGUGUACCUAGACGAGCUGGCAGACGUUCUCUGCAUCCUUCAAGCAGAGCUGCCUUCCUUGUUGCCCAUCAUUGAGGUGGCAGAGGCUCUGCUUCACGUCAGGAAUGGAGAGUGGUUCCUCUGCCUGCUUGUUGCCAACGUCCCUGACAGCUUCAAUGAAGUGUGCCGGGGUCUGAUAAAGAGUGGAGAGCGACAGGACGAGGAGAGCGUUGGAGGGCGACGGCGGACUGAAGCUCUGAGGCAGCUCUGUCAGAUGAACCCCACGCAGGCCCUAAACAUACGCGCCAUGGUGGUGGAGGAGUGUCACCUGCCGGGUCUGGGCGUGGCGUUGACGCUGGACUAUAAGCCGGACUCGGCUGACGAGGCGGUCAGCCCGCUGGUGUCCUUCGUCAGUGGCCUGCUGCUCGGCACCAACAGCAAAGUGCGCACCUGGUUCGGCCUCUUCAUACGAAACGGACAACAGAGGAAGCGAGAGAGCAGUUCGGUGUUGUGGCAAAUGCGGCGUCAGCUUCUGCUGGAGCUGGUAGCCAUCUUGCCUCGAUCGCGCAGCUCCCACGCGCCCACCGACACGGACGACGACGAUGACAUCACUCUUGCCUCGGGAGGCAUCAGGGGCGGGUCGUCUGCCUACUCGGGUCUGAGGGCGGAGCAUGUGGUGAAAGCCAGCGCUCUGCUGAGGCUCUACUGCGCUCUCAUGGGCAUCGCAGGACUCAGGCCGACAGAUGAAGAGGCAGAGCAGCUUCUACAGCUGAUGACCAGUCGUCCCCCAGCCACCCCCGCCGGAGUCCGCUUCGUCUCCCUGGCCUUUUGUAAACUACUGGCUUUCCCCACCCUAGUCAGCACCCCUGAGCAGGAGCAGCUGAUGGUCAUGUGGCUGAGCUGGAUGAUCAAAGAGGAGGAGUACUUCGAGAGUGCUGCAGGAGUGUCGGCCUCGUUUGGAGAGAUGUUGCUGCUGGUGGCCAUGUAUUUCCAUAGCAACCAGCUGAGCGCCAUCAUCGAGCUGGUCUGCUCCACACUGGGCAUGAAGAUCGCCAUUAAGCCAAGUUCUCUGAGCAAGAUGAAGACCAUUUUCACCCAGGAAAUCUUCACUGAACAGGUGGUCACAGCCCAUGCGGUCCGUGUGCCGGUCACCAACAACCUGAGUGCCAACAUCACCGGCUUCCUGCCCGUCCACUGCAUCUACCAGCUGCUCAGGAGCAGAGCCUUCACCAAGCACAAGGUCUCCAUCAAGGACUGGAUCUUCAGGCAGCUAUGUGAGAGCUCCAACCCUCUGCACACCCAGCUCCUCCCCCUCAUCGAUGUCUACAUCAACUCCAUCCUGACGCCCGCCUCCAAGGCCAACCCCGAGGCCACCAAUCAGCCAAUCACAGAGCAGGAGAUCCUCAACGUCUUCCAGGGAGCCACUGGGGGUGAUGGUGGUCGUGGGCGUUCCCGUUUCAGCAUCACGGCCCAGCUGCUGAUCCUCUACUACAUCCUGUCCUAUGAGGAAGCUCUCCUGGCAAACACCAAGAGCCUCGCCCAGAUGCAGAAGAAGCCAAAGUCGUACUCGGCUGCCCUGAUGGACCACAUCCCCAUCAAGUUCCUCAUUGGACAAGCACAGGGGCUGCAAAAGGAGCUCGGGGGUCUUCACUCUGCUCUGCUGCGCCUGCUGGCCACUAACUACCCUCACCUGUGCAUGGUGGAGGACUGGCUGAGGGAGGAGGAGGUGACGGGCACGCUGCCUCUACUGAGGAGGAUCCUCAUCACCAGCCCCGCCGCCUGCUCCUACACACACACACAGCUGCAGGAAGCGUUCCAGAGGCUUCCGUCCAGCCAGACGCGGCUGCUGGAGAUGCUGGAGCGCCUGGCCCUGCUGUCGCCUAGCGACCUGAUUCCCUACGCGGAUGCUCUGACGGGCAGCAUGGGACUGCUGCUGGAGGAGGGGGUGCCGCGCAAGGUGCUGCAUACGCUCAACAAGCUGUGGAUGGUGCUCAACACCGUCAUGCCUCGCAGGCUGUGGGUGAUGACGGUAAAUGCCCUGCAGCCCUCUAUCAAGCUGCUGAGGAAGCCGCGCUACACCCAGAAUGACCUCAUGGUGGACCCCAUCAUAGUACUGCGCUGUGACGCCCGCGUAUUCAGGUGUCCCCCUCUCAUGGCCAUCACGCUGCACAUGCUCAAUGGCUACCUGCUGUCCUCCAAGGCCUACCUGAACGCCCACCUGAAGGAGAUGGCGGACGUGGAGCGGCAGGCCCAGACCAUCUCCAACCUGGGCCUCAGCGGCCAGCCCGACACACCUGAGGUCACCAGGGAGGAGCUGAAGAACGCCCUGCUGUCCGCACAGGACAGUGCGGCAGUGCAGAUCCUCCUGGAGGUGUGUCUCCCCACGGCACAGGAAGUGCAGGGCUCAGGGGGCGGCGGGGCUGACAGCCUGCUUCAGAAGAUGAGGGGUGGGGCCAAAGGCAGGAAGCAGGAAGUGGAGAGAGCCCAGCUGCAGCUGCAGCAGGAGGCCGAGGAGGAAGGAGGGUUGCUAAGCGACCUGAGGGAGGUGCAGUGUCUGGUGUGCUGUCUGCUGCAUCAGAUGUUCAUCGCAGACCCCAACAUUGCCAAGCUGGUGCACUUCCAGGGUUAUCCCCAGGCGCUUCUCCCGCUGACCGUAGCUGGCAUUCCUUCCAUCCACAUCUGCCUGGACUUCAUCCCAGAGCUCCUGGCCCAACCUCAGCUGGAGAAGCAGACCUUUGCCAUCCAGUUGCUGUCUCAGCUGUGUACCCAGUAUGCCCUGCCCAAGUCCCUCAGUGUGGCACGCCUGGCCAUCAGUGUCAUGGGCACACUGCUCACAGUGUUGACCAAGGAGAAGCGCUUCUCCUUCUUCAUGGCGACGUUGCCGUGCCUGGCCUGCUUCUGCAGGGCCUUCCCACCACUCUACGAAGACGUCUUCACCCUACUCGUGCAGGUUGGACAAGUUGCCUCCUCCGACGCUGCUGCAGAGGAGAGGGACAUCGACCCCCUCAUCGCCCGGCUGCAAUACCUGAAGGAGCGUCCCCAGGACGCAGCCUCCAUCCUGGGCUCCCAGUCCAAACUCGGCCAGUCCAAGACAUCCAGCAGCAGCAGCAACACUCUGUGGGGCACUGACCCCGAUGUGCAGCUGUGCUACCAGAUCGAGAGCACCUUCAUGGACAUUAUACAGUCCAGCAUACAGACAGAGCAUUGAGUGACGGUCAAGCCAUUGUUUUACUGUAUUCAGGUCGGCGAGAAUGGUGCUGGUGCUCGUUCCCGCGGCAGUUAAUAUUCGGAACCAAAUCGCUUACCCCUGCAAACGACCCGCAUUCACACCAGGCCUUGAAUUUUUCCGUAUGUGACUUUCGUGUGUUAUCCGGAUGAACCUGCUGACUUCUACAUUGUCAUCACAGUUGACGAAGGGAGAAAAAAAACCUGAGUAUUUUUCAGUUUGCAUUGUGAAUCAACUUUGUGGUUCCCGAACAUUAAGAUUUUCGGCAUAACACGUCAGUCAGUUGCGGGAACAGCCACCGGCACGCUUCUCUGUUGGCCUGAGAGAUGAGAUCAUGGAAUUGAACAGGGAUGCGUUUCUUGAUAGCAUUGUUGGUAACAAGCAACUUAGUCGGCUGUAGUGCAGUUUCUGCCAACUGUCGGCAGCGACAAAACAACAAAGAGAAACUCAACCCAGAUUGAAAUAGGAGUGUGUGACUAUGAUGAUCACCAGGGUAGAGACUGUGGACAUACGGGUAUGAGGAGUCACCAUGGCGACAGGAGAGGGGGUAUUUAUGAGAUGGCCAGUGCGGUGUCCGUGACAACCUCUGGAGGAGUAGCCAGAGACUAGAGGCGAUCUUAUCUUGACCCAUUUAUGCCUAAGUACCUGAGCCAUUUUAUGAAAAGGUACAGCCUGUAAAAGCCUAAAUAUCUCAACCUCUGAUUCAAAGUACAUAAAGACAUGACAUAAGUAGCAUUUAAAAGCUAAGACUCUCGUCUUGCAACUUGUACAUUCAACUCUAACCAUACAACAUUUUUAAUUGAAAAAAAAUCUCAAAUCUCAUAAGCCUGAAAGUUGCAUUAUGCCGCUCCCGACUCUAGGAUCAAUGUUGCAGCAUCCGGCAUUAAUGGGUUAAGAUUUCGUCCAGAAUACUGUACACAGUAGACCUGGUUCAUUAGACCAGCUUUUAGUUACAUAGUUUUUCUUCAACAGUCCAUAGUGCACUGCAUAGAGAACCUUGUGAACAUUGUGAAGUGUGACUCUGCCAUACCUGUUUGUACACGGAGUGGAUGGAGCAGGCACUAAGCUAAGAUGGUUCAUGUCCAUGUGAUGCGAUGCUUGUAAAGGUGUGUGUGUGUGUGUGUGUGUGUGUGUGUGUGUGUGUGUGUGUGACCUUGAAGAUAACACCUGCUUGUGCUGUAGGAAGGUCAUUAUUGGUCUGUUUUCUUGACCACUGUACAAAUACUUUUUUCAAACAUGUUGUAAAAAAAAGUUUUAGGUUUUUUUGUAAGCAGUGACCUUUUUAUAAAAUAAAACAAAUUGCAUUAAAAUAUGUGGGGGA